UUGAAUGGUAUCACAAGAUCUAACCACUUAUAGUGAGAAAUAAGCAGAUAAUAAAAAAAUAUAUCAGAGAUAAUGCAAGUAAAUCUAGAUCUUUAAAAACAUAUGUUUACUGAAAAAGGCUUAUCCCUUCUAUUUACAUACAUUUCAAAUGGAAUUUAAACAGUCUGAGGUUGAGAAUGGUGUGGACAACAAAGCCUUUCACCUCCACGAAUAUGACACAGUUCGUAGUUCCGUGGAAAAUGAUCCUUAUAGUUCAAUUAAUGUGGAAGACGUGGAAAACUCUCUAAAUGAAACUAAUGUCCGGCGAAUGACAGUAGAGGUAUUUCCUAGAUUGGAAAAUUAUAGGACUUCAAGGAGAACCGCCAAAAGGCCGAGUUUAGGAGAGUUACACGGGCAAAACGAUGGCAUUAAGGAUAAAAUUAGAAAAGACAGCGAACUAGAGGCUUCUCCAAGUUUUCAAAAUGCCGUCAAGUUGGGUUGGAUACAAGGCGUUCUUAUACCAUGCCUUCUCAAUAUAUGGGGUGUUAUGUUAUUCCUGCGACUGUCAUGGGUCGUAGCGGAAGCCGGUAUUGGUUUAUCGUUGGUCAUUAUAGGGAUUUCUGCAAUCGUAUGUGUCAUUACGACACUUUCCUUGUCUGCGAUCUGUACCAACGGAGAAGUGAAAGGAGGUGGAAUAUAUUACAUCAUAUCAAGAACACUUGGACCAGAAUUUGGCGCAUCUGUAGGAGUAGUGUUUGCCUUUGCAAAUACAGUGUCGGCUUCCAUGAAUACCAUUGGAUUCUGUGAUUCUUUCAGUGACCUUCUAAAUAAAUACGGUGGACAUAAGAUAAUUGAUGGCCAUGAGAAUGACGCUAGGAUAAUAGGUACUGUGGCCAUACUGGUUAUGAUACUAAUAUGUGCAGGCGGCAUGGACUGGGAGUCAAAAGUUCAAAACUUUUUAAUUGCCGCCAUUGUGGGCGCCAUGUUAGACUUCCUAAUAGGUACGAUUGUAGGACCCCGUUCUGAUGAACAAAGAGCUAAAGGUUUCGUUGGCUUCAGUAGAGAAACAUUUUCUAACAAUUGGGGCCCAGAGUUUAGACCAGCAGAAAAUGUAGAUUACCAAUUCUUUCAAGUAUUUGCUAUAUUUUUUCCGUCGGUAACGGGAAUUCAAGCUGGGGCUAAUAUUUCAGGAGAUCUAAAGGAUCCCACAACAGCAAUACCAAAAGGGACAUUCCUCUCACUGUUGAUCUCUAUGACGUCAUACGCCCUUUUUGUGGUUUUCGCUGGAGGUGCAGCCUUGAGAGAUGCCAGUGGAAAUGUUACUGACUUAAUUAACGAUGAAGUGUCGCUUUGCGCUGGUACUACAGGUUGCGAAUAUGGCCUAUUUAAUAGUAUUCAGAUGAUGCAAGAAAUGUCUCUUUGGUCACCCCUAAUUUACGCGGGUUGUUUCGCAGCUACCCUCAGUACCGCACUAACAAAUUUAUUGUCUGUGCCUAGACUCCUCCAGGCUUUAGGAAAUGAUCAGAUCUAUCCAGGUUUAAUUUUUUUCUCUAAAGGAUACGGACGACAUGGAGAACCGUACCGAGGAUAUGUGUUGACGUUCUUUGUAUCCGUAGCUUUCCUAUUAAUAGCUAAUUUAAAUGCCAUCGCACCACUGAUCUCAAACUUCUAUCUGGCUUCUUAUGCCCUUAUAAAUUUCUGCACCUUCCAUGCGUCGUUAGUGAAACCUUUAGGAUGGAGACCAGCUUUCAAGUACUACAAUACGUGGUUGAGUCUAUUUGGUUGCGUGCUAUGCGUCGCUAUAAUGUUUCUCAUCAACUGGUGGUCGUCUGUAAUUACAUUUGUUAUAAUUUUGGGAUUGUAUUUGGUGGUUAUUUACAGAAAUCCUAGUGUCAAUUGGGGAUCAUCGACACAAGCUCAAAUAUACAAAACAGCGUUAUCGUCCACCCAAAAGCUUAUAAGCAUCAAUGAACACGUCAAGAAUUAUAAACCCGAUAUUCUGCUUCUGUGUGACAACCCACAAUACCGGCAAGCCUUGGUAGAAUUUGCUUAUUUAAUAACAAAGAAUAAUUCUUUACUAAUGGUUGGCGAAAUUGAGAAGAAUAAACUGUCACAUAAGCAAAGAUCGGCAAUAAUAAACAAUGUCAACAAUUAUCUAAGAAUAAACAAACUAAAGGUAUUCUACAGCAUACUUGAUAAUGUUACGUAUGAGCUUGGAGCAAGAGCUUUCCUGCAAGUAGCAGGGAUAGGAAAGUUGAGACCUAAUGUUUUAAUGAUAGGAUAUAAAAGUAAUUGGAUGGUCUGCGGCAAAGAGGACUUACUAUCUUAUUUCAAUGUUUUGCAUACCGCAUUUGAACACCACGUUUCUGUCGCAAUUCUCAGACUGAAAGACGAGUCAGAUCAGAAAAAAAUAAAGGAAGAAGAAAGCCAAUCUGUGGUUAGUUCCAUGAACAAUUCCAUCUCUAACUUACCCUCCACAUUCAGAACUGCAGCUGCGAAUAAUAUAAUACCAGCUGAUUCUGACUUAAAUCUUGCCAACAAAGCCGUAUCUGAGCACAGUUCCGUUAUACAGCUAUCAGUAGGAGAUACAGACAAUAAAGGAUCUAUAACAAAAGACGAUCAAGGUGCUUCACAUUAUUCACUUGUUGAAAAAAUGACACCUUUAAGAAAAAAACAAAAAACUGGUAACAUUGACGUAUGGUGGCUUUAUGAUGACGGUGGUCUAACUAUAUUGAUCCCAUAUAUUAUUUCCACCAGAAAUCGAUGGGCAAACUGCAGUCUUCGAAUAUUUGCGUUAGUUGGCAACGACUGUAACAUGGAAUUGGAAAAAGAAAAUAUGGCUCAUUUGCUGUCAAAGUUCCGAUUGAAUUAUUGUAGCUUACAAAUGGUCUCAAUUUGUGAUAAACCUCAAGAUCAAACCGUGGAAUUCUUUGAAAGUCUGCUCUCUGACUUUAAGGAUGAUACCAAAGAUUGUCAAGUCACCGAAUCUGAGCUCUCAAAUCUUCAGGAUAAGACAUAUAGACAACUCAGAUUAAGAGAAUUACUUCUAGAAAAUUCCAAAGAGUCUAAAUUAAUUGUGAUGUCACUUCCCAUGCCAAGGAAGGGAAGUAUUUCAGCUCCUCUCUAUAUGGCUUGGUUAGAAGUUCUUACUAGGGAUAUGCCUCCUUAUUUACUUGUGCGGGGUAAUCAACAGUCUGUACUCACUGUUUAUUCAUAACUACAAAAAUCUCACGUGUAUCGGCCUACUAAUAAAUUUUGUUAUAUAAUGUUUACUUUUUCUAAUUGUUUUGUACUUAUAGUUAAGACCUGCAUUAAAAUAAAAAUAAAUAUUUAAAAUG